CAUUGGGCAAAAAGUCCAAGUCAAAAAGACGAAAGGCAGGGCAUCUUCUGGGAAAACAGAUAAGGCAAAGAAGAAAAAGGCAGGCCAUCUUCCUGGGAAAAGAGAUGAAAAAGACUUAGAUAUUGUGGAAUAUAGUUCAAUUGCUCAAUUAGGUGAUGUUUUAGUUUACCCUUCUUUGUUUAUGCGAAGUGCCUCUCUUCACUUGCACUUUAUGGCUUCCUCUUCUUCUUCUUCUUCGUCUUCAUCCAUUACUCCUAAAAUAGAGUAUGAGGUUUUCCUUAGUUUCCGCGGUGUGGACACCAGACAAAACAUUACCAGCCAUCUUUAUGAAGCCUUUUGUCAAAAAAAGAUUAAAACUUUCAUUGAUGAUAGCCUUGUUAGAGGAGAAGAAAUUUCUAUAUCUCUUUUGAAGGCAAUUGAACAUUCAAAGAUUUCGGUUAUCAUUUUUUCUAAAGGGUAUGCUUCCUCAAGAUGGUGUCUCAGAGAACUUGAAGAGAUAGUCAAAUGUAAGAACACGUAUGAUCAGAUCGUAAUACCAGUCUUCUAUGAAGUAGAUCCAUCUGAUGUGAGGAAUCAAACUGGGGAUUUUGGGAAAGCAUUUGCUGAGCUCGAAAAGCGUUUUAUGGAUGAUUCAGAGAUGUUGCAGACAUGGAGGACUGCUUUGAGGGAUGCAGCCAACUUAUCUGGUUAUGAUUCAAAGAACUCUAGGAAUGAGGCAGCGUUAAUAAAGGAUAUUGUUAGUGAUAUAUGGAAGAAAUUAGAUUACAACUCAGUUAUUUUUACCAAGAAUCUAGUUGGACUAGAGUCAUCAAUCAAAGAGAUUGAAAAUUUAUUAUGUACAAAAAGUGUUCGUAAGCUAGGAAUUUGGGGCAUCGGGGGCAUAGGAAAAACUACUCUUGCUAGUGUUAUAUUUGAAAAAAUCUCUAAACAAUUUGAAGCAUGUUACUUCAUUUUAAAUAUUAGAGAAGAAUCAGAGAAAAACGGGGGAUUAAAUGACUUAUGCCAAAGAUUGAGUUCUGCAGUUCUAGGGGAUAAACAUCCCAAUCAUGGAUUCACCUUCACAAGAAAAAGUCUCAUUAGUAAAAAAAAAGUUCUCAUUGUGUUUGAUGAUGUAACGAAUUUAAAACAAAUGGAAUGUUUAAUGGCAAUUUUUGAUGACUUGGAUUCAAAUAGUCAAAUCAUCAUAACGACAAGGGAUAAACAUGUGCUAAGAAAUUGUGAAGUGGAUCACAUUCAUGAGAUGAAAGGCUUAUGUUUUGAUAAUGCUCUUCAACUUUUUGCCCUAUAUGCCUUUAGAGGAAACACUCCAACAACAGAUUAUAUCAAGCUAUCAUCAAGUGUAGUAGCUUAUGCUAAAGGUGUUCCACUAGUUCUUAAAGUUCUAGGUUCCUUUCUAUUUAAGAGGACGAAGAGAGAAUGGGAAAGUGAACUAAAAAACUUGAGAACAAGUCCUCAUGUGGAUAUCCAAAAGGUAUUAAAAAUAAGCUACGAAGGGUUACAUGAUAAACAAAAGUGUGUAUUUUUGAAUAUUGCAUGUUUCUUUAAAGGGUAUAAAAGAGAUCUUGUAGAAGCAAUCUUGAAUGCUCGUGACUUAGACGCUUAUAUUUAUAUAAAUGUUCUCAUUGAAAGAUCUCUUAUAACUACUUCAUAUGACACUAUAACAAUGCAUGAUUUACUUGAAGAAAUGGGUAAGGAAAUUGUUCGGAGAGAAUCAAUUGAUAAUCCUGGUGAACGUAGUCGGUUGUGGGAUCAUGAGGAUAUAUUUUCAGUAUUGAAGUAUAAUACGGGAACUAAAACAAUUCAAAGCGUACACUUGGAUAUGUCUAAAGUAGCAGAGUUGUAUUUAAAUCCUAAAGCUUUCAACCACAUGAGAAACAUAAGAUUCUUGGAAUUUUAUGGGUUCGAACAUAGAAAGAAGGUGUCUGAAUCUGAUUCCUCUGCAUUGCACCAUAACUUAAGAUUCUUGAAAAAAAAUAGCUCCAAGAAUGGAAAGAAGGUGCAUGGUUUUGAGAAACUUAAGUCUGAUUUUUCUGAGCUAAGGUACUUUUGCUGGCAUAGAUAUUCUGCAAAAUCAUUGCCACCAAAUUUUAAUCCAAGGAACCUUGUUGCACUUUACAUGCCUAAUAGCAAAGUUAAAAAACUUUGGACUGGUAACCAGGUUUUUGUUAAUUUGAAACAUAUUGACCUCAGUCACUCUAAGCGUCUAUGCAGAAUACCAGAUCUUUCGCUUAUGCCAAAUCUUGAGAGCCUGAAUCUUGAAGAUUGCACAAAUUUGCUUGAGAGUUUCUCAUCUAUCCAUAAUCUCCAUGAACUUGUUAUCCUGAAGCUACAAGGAUGCAAAAGCUUUGAUAAUCUUCCAAUUAGUUCUAAUUGCCAAUCUCUUCGAGAAGUUAAUCUCUCCAAUUGCUCAAAUCUCAAAAAAGUUCCAUAUCUCCCUAAUACAAUUGAAGAGUUAUAUUUAGAUGGAACUGCAAUAAAAGAAUUGUUAUCAAUAGGACAUCUAUUUAGACUAGAAAAAUUGGGCCUUAGAACAUGUUCAAGGCUUGAGAGGUUACCGGAUAGUAUUCAUGAGUUGAAAUCUCUUAAAUGUCUUUAUCUCUCAGGUUGUUCUAAACUUGACAGAUUUCUGAAUGACUUGGGAAAUUUAACAGCUUUGGAGGAACUUGAAUUGGAGGAAAUUGCUUUCGCUGAAAUACCAGAGUGUAUAACAGGUUUGAUCAACCUGAAAACAUUAUCUUUCGCAAGAUGUAAGAUGCAGAAGCUAACAAGUAUCUCGCUUGUCCAUUUAUCUAUCUUCCAAAAUAUGAUAAGGCUAAACUUGGUUGAUUGUUGCAUUGAAGUGUUGCCCAACAGUAUUGGCCAAUUACUCUCACUGAAAUAUUUACAUCUUGACCAAAACAAUUUGGAGACGCUGCCAGAGAGCAUCAAAUACCUCUCUAACCUGCGAGCUCUUUAUCUAGGCAAUUGCCGGAGGCUUAAAUACUUACCGGAGCUUCCAAGUUGGUUACGACAUAUAAAAGCAAAUAAUUGCAUAUCUCUUGAAUCAAUAUCAAGUUUAUUCGCUUUAUUCCUAAGAAUGCGUGGUUCUAGGGAGGAAAUCAGCUUCAUCAAUUGUCUCAAACAAAAAUUAGAUACGACAGCUGCUCUCUUGAAUAUUGAGAGAGAUGUAGCUGCGUGGUAUUGUCCUAUAGUAAGUGCGUUUCUCUCACUUUCUCUGUUUUCUUAUAAUUAA